CGCUCUGCUUCUCUCACUUCUUCCCUUCUCUCUCUCUCUACUUCUUUUCCUCCUUCGGAUCCUCCUUUCUGCGGAGGAGCUCGUCGUUUCAGAUCUUUGAACUGCUAGGAGGAAUAUCUGAGAGAAUGAACAAGUGGGUUUAUGAGCAGAAUGCCAUGGCUGCCUGCCAAGAGAUGAGGAUGGAAUCUGUGGUUUGUCCAAAGCCACGUCGUUUGGUUCUGCAAACUCCAUAUGAUAAUGACCCCAUCAGAGCUCAUAGAUGGCCCAUCAGCCACACCAAGACAGGAAAUUCAAAAGCAGGAGCCGAGCUUCUGGAUAUGAUCCUCACUAAGGAAAGUUAUGGUGAAACAUAUAGCCAGCAAUUAGGAACAUCUCCACCGUUCUUUUGGGGGUCUCCACCGAGCAGGGCAUCCAACCCUCUAGUCCAAGAUGAGCAAUUUGGCAAUAGAAACAAUAUGUACCAAGCCAGUGAAGGGCCACCAUCUCCCUCAACCCGUAAAGGAGGUUGUGCCCGAAUGAAAUUCGGUCAUCGACCUGCAGCAGUUCGAAUCGAAGGAUUCGACUGUCUGAAUCGAGAUGCUCGAAAUUGCAGCAUUUCUGCUGUGGCUUAAAGCCACAGAGCACCAUAUAUAUAUAACCCAACCCCCCAAGGGAAGAAGGCAGGCUAAGUUUUUGAAGUGGAGGAAGGAGAUUGAAACUGAUGUUUUCCAUUUUUCUUUUUCUUUUUGUUGUUUAUUAGUGUGUAAAGUUGUACAUAGUAGAGUCAAUCAACUGCAGAAUGGUUGUUCUUGCUGAGUCCGUUUGUUGUCGUCGUCGUCGUCGUUCAUCAAAAUCUCAAAGAGAUGAGAUAUGUGUGUAAUUAAAGUGACUAAUGAUGUUUUGGAGGAACUAAUCCAGGAAAUAAAGAAGAGAAAUGCAGAUUAGUUAUUAAUCCC